AUGGAAAAGACCAUUUUGCCCCUGUUACUAUUAUCUCUCUUGCUUUUCCCAGCCUUGAGCUUGUGUGAUAUCACCUCUUGUAGCCAAACCCCUUAUCCUGAAGCAUGCAACUCGUUUCUACCUACUGUGAGCCAAGACACCGUGUCCGGAUUCCGAAAUGUCGCCAUUAUGGCGGCCAUGGACCAAGCGCAGGCGACGCUCAGCUGGUGUCCGCGUGGCUCAAUGAGCAGCCGUGCGCAAGCUGCCUGGGCUGACUGCCUGGAGCUCACAGAGGACACCGUGUCCAAACUCAACAAGACACUCGUGUCCUCGAAUCUCGCGAGCUCCGAUACGCUCACUUGGCUUAGUGCAGCAAUCACGAAUGAUGACACGUGUCGCACGGGUUUCUCUGAGACGCCGUGGCUCAAAUCAACGGAUUUAUCGAAACUGUUGAGCAACUCGUUGGCUGUUGAGAAGAGCUUCGCGGCUAGGCUCGAUGGGCUGAGUGGCCAUACCAAUCGAAAGCUGCUUUCAGUGCAGAGUCGUGGUUUCCCCGAAUGGGUGGUUGCUGGUGAUCGGAGGCUCUUACAGGCAUCCACAGGAAAAGCAAAUUUGGUAGUCGCCAAGGACGGGUCAGGAGGUUUUGCAACCAUAUCUGCAGCAAUUACGGCAUCAGAAAAGCAGAGAAAAACUAGCACCAGUAGGUUUGUAAUUUAUGUAAAAGAGGGGACUUAUAAAGAGAACAUUGAGAUAAAAAAGUCCAUGAAGAAUCUGAUGUUUGUUGGAGACGGCAUCGAUAAGACGAUUAUUACUGGGAGUCGUAAUGUUCAGGACGGUUCUACCACCUUUCGCUCUGCAACCUUUGCCGUUGCAGCUGAUGGGUUCAUCGCAAAGGACUUGACCUUCGAGAACACAGCUGGUCCACAAAAGCACCAAGCUGUAGCAUUCCGGUCAGGUUCCGACCUCUCGGUGCUCUACCGUUGCAGCUUCAAAGGCUACCAAGACACACUCUACACCUACUCUCAGCGCCAGUUCUACCGAGAAUGUGACAUCUAUGGAACCGUCGAUUUCAUCUUUGGGAAUGCGGCCGCUGUCCUUCAAAACUGCAACAUUUAUGUCCGGAAGCCAAUGAGCAGCCAGAAGAACACGAUCACAGCUCAGGGCCGCACUGACCCGAACCAAAACACAGGGCUUUCGAUUCACGACUCUAAGGUGUCAGCCUCUUCUGACCUCAAAGCGGUACAGAACUCGUUCAAAACAUAUCUAGGGAGGCCAUGGAAGGAGUAUUCAAGGACUGUGUUCAUGAAGACUGCCUUGGAUAACCUCAUUGAUCCUUCUGGAUGGCUCCAGUGGAGUGGGAACUUUGCUCUUAGGACUUUGUACUAUGGGGAGUACAUGAAUUCUGGUGCGGGAGCGGUCACUAAGAGUCGAGUCAAGUGGUCCGGUUUUCACGUGAUGAGCGCUUCUGAAGCUGCAAAAUUCACUGUGGGAAGCUUUAUUUCUGGAGGGUCAUGGAUUCCAAACACAGGCCUUCCCUACACCUCUGGGCUCUAAAGAAGAAAGAAAGAAGGGGAGGUUAACUUGGAAUGUUUAUGGACCAGUUCUUGGGUGGAAUCCUUGACAUCCUUAAUCUAAACCAGAUCUCUUUUCCAGAGUUGCGAGACUCGGUCUCGUCCUAAGGGUAAGGCGAGUUUUAUCCAAGUAGGCUCUACCAAUAUUUAGAUGUGUGAACGGCGUAUUGGUUUCGAUUUCCCCAGUAGUACAUGUACAUAUAUAUUU